CAUUUAAAAAGUCACUUUAAAAACACAUUGUUCAGUUUCAGAAUUUUAAAGUAAUUUCAGCCUCAUAGUGACUCAAAUAUUUACCUUAUCUCCAACUGUGACAGAUUUUUACAUCACUUUGACAAAUUAAACAUGACACAUGAUCGAACAUUGAUGAGUAUGAGUUGUAUGGUAAAUAUUUCAGAGGAUUGCCUGGCUGUUUGACAGCUGCAUUACUAUCCAUAGAAUCAAGCAGUUGGCAGCAUAGAUUUCAUUCUUAGCUGAUCAUAUGUACAUAAUCAACAUCAGUGUCCUGACAUUUGAGAUACACAGGCUUGAAAAGUGUUCAUAGCAAACAAACCUCUCACUGGGAUUUCAGUGUUUUUAAAAAUUGAAACUGCUGCAGAUUCAUUUGUUCUGUUUUGACUGUUUUUGAUUUUUUUCACAAUGUUGAUUAAGUAAGUUGAAAUUAUUGGAAAAUAACCUUGAAUUUUCACUUACAGAUGACAGAUUGUUUUUCAGUGGAAUAAUUUAGCUUUGACAGCGACGUUAUGAAUGAGGAAAUGAAUCGGAGUGUCAGUCACGCAGGUUCAGUUGCGGCAGGAGGGGAGGAGUCAGAGGGAGUUAGUUUAAGAAAAUCUGUUCUAGCAAUCUAGCAAGUUUAAGACAUAAAGUCUGUUACCACUAUAACUAACUCGGAGUUUUCCCUCAUCUCAGAGUUGUUAGCUAAAUCUGCUUACUGGAGUACAGCCCACGUGAGGUAUAUUUCUUCAUACAAUCAUUAAAACAUCUCCCACAUGACGUACGUGCAAAACGUAAACCCGCAAAAGGCACACUGAAAAACGUACAUGCCCCCCUAAAACGGCCAUCUUCUGAGACGACCACUUUUGGCAAGAAAUUUCUCGACUAUGGAGAAGUUACAGUAAUUACCGAGCCUGUUCGUUUUCUCUUCUCAUUUCUGUUUCACAUUAAAAAUGAGACCGAUUAUUCUGCUCCUCCUCUUCUGCUGCGCAGUGUGUGUGUCUGCAGUCACUCACUCUCUGCAGUAUUUCUACAUUGGAUCUUCUGAGGUCCCAAGCCUCCCAGAGUUUGUGGUUGUUGGGAUGGUCGAUGAUGUUCAGAUGAUUCACUAUAACAGCAACACCAGGAGAGCUGUGCCCAAACAGGACUGGAUGAGCAACGUCACAGAAGAUGAUCCACAGUACUGGGACACGGAGAGUAGAGGGUUCAGUAAUGCUGAGCAGGUGUUCAGAAACAACACUGAAAUUGCAAAGCACCGCUUCAAUCAAACUGGAGGUAUCCACGUUGUCCAGUUAAUGUAUGGCUGUGAAUGGGAUGAUGUGUUUGUUCGAGGAUAUCACCAGUACGGCUAUGAUGGAGAAGACUUCAUAACAUUUGAUGUAAACACGGAGACAUGGAUCACUCCAGCACCUCAGGCUGUCAUGACCAAAAAUAAGUGGGAUCGUGAUGCAGAUUGGAAUACGAAGAGGAGAAAGUACUUAACUCAGGACUGUGUUGACUGGCUGAAGAAAUAUGUGAACUAUGGUCAGAAAAGUCUGAAGAGAACAGUUCUUCCCUCAGUGUCUCUCCUCCAGAAGACUCCUUCUUCUCCAGUCAUCUGCCACGCUACAGGUUUCUAUCCUCACAGAGCUGAGAUGUUCUGGAGGAAAGAUGGAGUGGAGCUUCAUGAAGGUGUAGAGAAAGGAGAGAUCUUUCCCAACAAUGAUGGGACCUUCCAGAUGAGUGUUUAUCUGGACCUCGGAUCUGUUAGACCUGAAGACUGGAUGAGAUAUGACUGUGUGUUUCAGCUCUCUGGUGUGAACGAGGACGUCAUCACUAAACUGGGCAAAGCAGUGAUCAAAACCAACGAGGGUAAAAGUGAAGGAAAUUCACUCGCCAUGAUCAUCCCGAUGAUCGUUGCAACGCUUGUUCUCGCAGUGAUUGCUGUAAUUGGUUUUAUUGUCUACAAAAAGAGAACAGUGUCCAAGACACCUGGUAAUUCUGCUGGAGAUAUUAUCUGUGACAACGAAGACAGACAAAGUUUGGAUCCGCCUGUGAACUUCACCAAGGAAUCUUCAACACUGAACCUCUGAGAAAAAGUUUCUGCUGCAACAGAAGUUAACAAUUUUUCUUCACUGAUUUGAUGCAGUUCUUGUCACAGUCCUAGGUUGGUGACCCAAGUAUUUUGUGUAUUAUUAUUAUUAUUAUUAUUAUUAUUAUUAUUAUUAUUGUUGUUGUUGUUGUUGUUGUUGUUGUUAUUCUGUGAUUUCUCUGUUUUAUAUGACUUGUAGUGUUGAUUUCUGUUUUUGUAUUCUAGUUCUUAGGUUUAGUUCUGUGCCCACUGUUUCCUGUUUUACUUUGAAGGUCAAUGUAUUCUGUUUUGCUUCCUCCCCAUCUCGUCUUUGUAAUUAGUGUCAGCCAUGUCUCCCAGGUGUUUGCUCUUUGCCCGUUCCCCUUCUGUAUUUAGUGUUUGCAUGUGUUCCUGUUCGUCAUCGCGUCGUCCCUCAUACUUGUCUCUGUGUUCUGUUUCAAGCUCAGUUUCCAGCCUUCCCAGUUUAGUUUCUGUUUUGUCUUAUGCCAGCAAUAAAGCUGAGGUCUUUGAGUUUAAGUUCCGCCUCCACGAGUUUGCAUUUGGGUCCUAUUCCUGCCUUCACACAGCUGCUCCAUGACAGUUCUUCCAUUAGGAGCAUCACACUCAGCACUCUUAAUGCAGUUCUCAAAUCAGUGACGUAUUUCCUCAUCCACAGCAGACUUUCUCAUUGUUUUUGUAAACACCACUAUUGUGUUAAUUAAUUUUCCAUAUGAAUGUCACAGCUCAUCAAAGCAGUUUGUACUUUUGUCAGUCAAAACUGCAGAUUUCUCACUUACCUAGAUACUGUUAAGCACUGGAUUUAGUCUUUUCAAUCAGAUUAAUACAAACUUUUUGUAUGAACCAUAUGCAUUAUGUGUAAAAGAACAAGUCCAGUUACACACUGUCAGUGUCACUGUUUAGUGAAAUUGGCCUUCAGUUGAAAGUAGAUAGAAUGUGUGGAUAGGACAGUGCAGAAAGUGAGAGGAAAGUGGGAAAAGAAUGAUGACAUGCAGAAAAUAGUCUGGGACAGAGUUGAACCUAUUUAUGUUUAAAUUAUGUUUCAAUAAUGCCAAACACUUAAACACAUAAUUGAAUUACUUUGUUUUACAUAUUUGGCACAUUCAUAUGAGGACAUGAAAUAUUGCUGCAAAAAGAGAAUCACCCAGCUGUCAGCUAUGUAGAAAGGAUGCUGGUGUUAUUUGUCUCUCAGAAACAGUUCAUAACUUCCCUUCAACUCAUUCAUGUCACCUUAAAGGUAAACCUGUUUCUCCAUCACCUGUUCAG